CAAGUUCACUCUUUAGAUGGCGGUACGUCCUCUUGUGGGCUGAGAAGCAGCACAACUGAAAGGAAGAGAAGAAGAAUUAGGUACCAGACGGUUCACCAUGGCGUUCAAUUUUGGCAGCGGUGCGGCUUCCAAUCCUGCAGCCACCACAACUGGGUUUUCAUUCGGUUCGUUUGGUGCGAAGACCACCGCAUCAACAGCUUUUGGGUUUGGCACCCCUGCAACUACCACCACAGCCGCCUCUGGAUUUGGCACUCUCACAGCUCCGAGUUUCGGCACGGCGACCACCACAGCUGCCGCACCAGCAACAGGAUUUUCCUUUGGCUCCACCAGCACAGGAUUUGGGGGGCUGGGAGCCGGAGGUACCGCGGCCGGUGGGUUUAGUUUUGGGGGGUUUGGCUUAAACGCCAACCCGGCGGCAACGGCGGUGGGCUUUAAUGCAGGCUGCUUUGGCGCAGCAUCCACCGCUGGCAAUGCUUUCAAUUUUGGCAAUAGCCUGGCUAGCACAGGAACAUUUGGUGGCUUUGGCACGACCACAGCUGCCGCGCCGGGUUCCACGUUUAGCAUCGCAUCCUCUUCGAACACUACAGGAGGCCUCUUUGGUACCACACAGAACAAAGGCUUUGGUUUCACUUCCGGCCUUGGUACUGGAACAGCCGCUGGCACCACCGGAUUCGGUACUGGAUUGGGAACCACCAGUCUGGGUGGGUUUGGUGGCUUUACUCUCCAGCCCACUCAGCAGCAGCAGGGAGGCUUGUUUGGUCAGCCCGCCCAGCAGCAGGCUCAGCCCAAUCAGCUGUACCAGCAAGUGACUGCUUUGUCGGCGCCCACCUUGCUGGGGGACGAGCGCGACUCCAUUCUGGCCAAAUGGAACCAGCUGCAGGCCUACUGGGGCACGGGCAAGGGCUACUUCAGCAACAACAACCACCCCGUAGACUUCAACCAAGAAAACCCCUUCUGCAGGUUCAAGGCUGUGGGCUACAGCUGCGUGCCGAUCAGUAAGGACGAGGACGGCCUGGUAGUCUUGGUCCUCAACAAGAAGGAGGCGGACGUGCGAGUGCAGCAGCAGCCACUUGUGGAGUCACUGCACAAGGUUCUGGGAAGCAACCAGACGUUAAGCGUCAACGUGGACGGCGUCAAGUCGCUUCCUAACGACCAGACGGAGGUGAUCAUUUAUGUGGUGGAGCGCUCCCCUAACGGCACGUCAAAGCGCAUACCCGCCUCCACGCUCUUCACGUACCUGGAGCAGGCCAACAUCAAGGUGCAGCUCACGCAGCUGGGUGUGGCCAUGUCGGUCACGCGGACCGAGCUCUCACCAGCGCAGCUCAAACAGCUUCUCCAGAACGCCCCAGCAGGGGUGGACCCCAUCAUCUGGGAGCAGGCCAAGGUGGACAACCCUGACCCAGAGAAGUUGAUCCCAGUGCCCAUGGUGGGCUUUAAAGAGCUGCUUCGUCGACUUCAGAUCCAGGAACAGAUGACCAAACAGCAUCAGACGAGAGUAGACAUCGUCUCCAACGACAUCAGCGAGCUCCAGAAGAACCAGGCGACCACCGUGGCCAAGAUCGCCCAAUACAAGAGGAAGCUGAUGGACCUCUCACACCGCGUGCUGCAGGUGCUGAUCAAACAGGAGAUCCAGAGGAAAAGUGGGUACGCCAUCCAGGUGGAUGAGGAACACCUCAGGGUGCAGCUGGACACCAUUCAGUCGGAACUCAAUGCCCCCACGCAGUUCAAGGGUCGCUUGAAUGAGCUGAUGUCCCAAAUCCGCAUGCAGAACCACUUUGGCGCCGUGCGAUCGGAGGAGCGCUACAAUGUUGACGCGGACCUCCUCCGAGAAAUCCGACAACACCUAAAGCAGCAGCAGGAUGGUUUGAGUCACCUAAUCAGCGUCAUUAAAGAUGACUUGGAAGACAUCAAACUCAUCGAGCACGGCCUGAGCGACAGCGGACACGUACGAGGCGGCAUCCUGAGUUGAGAUGACUGACAGGCCCGCACACACCCAACAUGCUCACAAUCUCAAUAUCCAUCCUCUGAUGCAUGUUUGUCAGCAUGAUGCUUCAAUUAGGGAACAGUGUCUCAAUGUAUUUGCCAGUGACUGACUAAUCUGUACUUUCUGGACUGAUAAUAGAAAGCUUACAGGUGCAAAAUAAUAUCCCUUGCCCUUCAUGUCAAAUCAGAUUAUUGAUAUGAGGCUUCCAACACAUUUGUAUAUACAUCUUUGUAUUGCUUUUAUAUCCCGCUAGAAUGUUAUUAAAAUGUAAUUUCAACUGGAACCAUGAAA